GUGCCCCUGCCAUGCCCGCCUGCCCCUGGUUUUAGUGCUCUUGGGUUUAGUUCUGUUCACCCCUCAUCCCACCCUCUUUCUCCCCGGUAGGGUUUUCUCUGAGUCCUGUCCUUACCUGCUGCUGCUGCUGACCGAGAGCUGCCGUUUCCUUCUGCCUUUUCCAGCAGUUGUUGGGCUGGGGUUCAAUCUGCACAUGAGAGCCUGUCCUGCUGCAGCAGAACCCCUUUGUGGUACCCGGCAGAGCGAGGUCUGAGUGCUGAGGUCUCCUCCAGCGGCAGUUACACUGGGGCUCACCCAUUUGUGCAAAAAUGUGCUUUUUUUUCCAGUGGCAGAUUAAAUUCAGGUGAGUUUUCCUAUGGCUGAAGGCACCCGAUGCUUUUUUGACCUGUUCUUCCUGUCCAAACUUCACCUCAUGAAUAAGAGCAGGAGGCAGAAAGGGACAUUUAAAAGUUCCGAGUGGUUGCUAACAUGAAGAAAAUGCUUUCUCCCAGCCUGAUCUUCAGAAUGACACUGUGAAACUAAAGCUUCAGCAGCCCUCGGCAGAGUUAAAACUAUUUAAAAACGAGGUCUUGCGACAGGAAGAAAAAGCGUUAAUUCCCUUAAAAGCUCUGUCAGGGUCACAAACACCUUCACGUUUCACCUUGAGACUGUGCUUUCUGCUAAGCAAAUUGAUUUCUGUGGGAGCUUUGCUGCCUUUUGAAUCCUGGGGUGGGGAUGAAGAGCUGCCAGACGAAAUGUAUUAAUAUUGCUCUGAUGAUAAUAAAAACUGGUUCCAACGAAUUGCUGCUGCUUAAAUUGCUUUUUUUUUCUAAAGGAACGGCUGCUGGUUUCUGUGGUUGGUGGGAAAGCGAAGGCUGGAUGAGGCUCCUGAGGAGGCGCUGCUGCCCCGCACCGCGCCCUCAGCUCGGGAACCUCUGAGGUGACGGAGCCCGCGCGCCCCCUCAGCGCUCCCACCAACGGUCGCCACGCGCCCCCUCAGCUGCCGCCGCCCGCGCGCACCUCGCAGAUGCCUUCCCGCCCACGGCCUCUCGUGACGUCAUCAGCGCAGCGGGAGAGGGAUGGGGCGCGCGGUGUCCGUGUGCUCCAAGGGGGGGCGGUGUGGGGAAGCUAAGCAGGGUCGCCUCGGGUCGGCUGCUGGAGGGGAAACGGUCUACUCGGCUCUCCAGUGGAUCCACUUCACCAUGGCCAUGCUCAGUGUUACAGGUUCCAGCUCCAUCAUCACUUACGCCAUCUUUCAAAACGUGGUGCGGUCCCCCGAGGUUCGCCCUCUUUUCUACCUGAGUCUCUCUGACCUAUUUCUGGGCAUGUGCUGGAUUGCUGGAGCGCUGCUCUAUAGCACACCAACCUCCAAGCAGGAUCUCAUCUGCUACAACCUGCAGGCAUUGGGACAAGUGUUCUACGUGGCCUCUUUUCUAUACACUGCCAACUACACCUGGCAUCUGUACAUGGACCUGAAGGUGAAAUACAAUCAGAACCUCAACAGGAUGCCCCCCACAGUUGCAGAUUAUGCAAGUUGCAUUGGCCGAGUAGCAACGAUUUUGUCCAGCCUGAUCCCUUUUCUUUUAAUGGUGCCUGUGUUUUGCCUGGGCAACAGCAGUAACUGCUACCAGAACUUCAGUCAAAAGCAUGGAUGUCUCUUGAUGCACACAGAAAUGGCUGAGCCCACCAACGAGCUGCUAACGCUGAGUGGCUCUGUUUGCCAAGCAAUGCAUUUCUAUGGCAUUGGGGUCUUCCUUGUUUCCUUUCUGAUCAGCUUCAUAGCCAUUCUGGUUGUACUCAUUCAAGCCCGAGGUUUGUACAAAAGGUUCGUAAACUCCACAGGAUUCCUGGGAGAUCAGCAGUGGGCAAUGAUUAAGAUGGUGGAACAACGAGUGGUUUUUUACCCCAUCGCAUUCUUCUGCUGCUGGGCCCCAGCUGUCCUCCUUGGAAUACUGAAGCUGACAGCUUCAACAAGCAGCAAAAUCUACAUGGCUCUUCUCGUUCUGCAGGCACUGACAGCAGCUUCCCAGGGACUUCUGAACUGCAUUGUGUACGGCUGGACACAGCACGUCUUCCUCUCCCUCAAACGCAACAUCUGCCGCGACGUUGACACUCAGACUCCUCUCCUGCGCUCUCAGAAGAAGUUCUAUGCCAGCACACUCCCUGCCAGCCCUCCAGACACUGAGGUGUCCACAUCUACCCUGCUCUGAUGAGUUCCUGCAGCAAGAAUGAGAGUAGGCAGCAUCCCAAUGGGGCCUCGUUGUAUUUUAGCAAUGUCAGCCAGCAGAGCUGUUGGGCUGUCUUGGUGUGGACUGUUUUGACAUCAGCACGGUUAACUGUAGUGCUACGAGAGCCCGAGCAGAUCUGUCAGAAAAGCACUUUCUGUGAAGAUAGUUAUUUAUUUUACAGAUUUCUAUGGACUUGAAAGGGAUUCUUUAAACCUGGUAAUUUUUUUAGCACGGGCUUUCUCCUGAUGGAAGUAUCUCUAGAAAUACAGCAAAUUAUAUGUAACAACUCCAAGAUUUAGUACAGCUCCUUUGAGGGCUUGUGGUCAAAGGAUGUUUUACUUUUCUAAGUGUUUGUCAGGUAUUUGCCAUUACAAGUUAACAUUAAAGCAAAGAUGAAUAUUUUUAAA